GUAGACAUUAGGGUCAAACUUAACAACUUUGCGGAAGCAGUUGUAUGUUAAAACGUCACCAUCUAUUACUCCCAUUACUCCGUAGUUAUUAUUUCAAACUAUCAGACAUAAAGCUGAGUAUUCAUCAUUAGAGCAUGUUAACGAAAUCCCGUUAAGUUUAUUGAUAAGCUAGCUAGUUAAAGUAUGUUUAAGAAGUGGGGAACGUGGCUUGGAAUAGAAAAAGAAAAUGGCCAAGAAGAAGCGUCUGUUGUUGUCGUUGUUAAGGAAGACAAGAAUGUGGACGCAAACCCACCGACUGCUGUCCAACCGCCUCAGCUUCUCCAACAGGCUCAGGGCUUCAGUGGCUACAUUUAUAAUUUCGCCAGCAGUGCCUCAAAGAAACUGUCCGAGUCUGUCGUCGAAACAGCACAAACCCUAAAGAAAAGUGUGGAGGAAGGGAAGAUCAAUGGAAUUAUUGAUAAGACCAUUUUGGGUGAUUUCCAGAAAGAACAAGAAAGAUUUGUUCAAGAGAAAAAAGCUAAAACGUCUGGUGCUGCUGUACCACCAUGGGUUGGUUAUAAUGAAGAGGACACCAUACAGCAACAGAUAUUAGCUCUCUCAGCUGACAAAAGAAAUUUUUUGCGAGAUCCUCCAGCUGGGGUGCAUUUUCACUUUGACUUUGAGCAAAUGUAUCCGGUCGCCAUGGUGAUGUUGGAAGAAGAUGAGCUCCUUCAGAAGAUGCGCUUCCAUCUGGUCCCCAAACAGGUGAAAGAGGAAGCCUUCUGGAAGAAUUACUUCUACCGUGUGUCUUUGAUCAAACAGUCAGCUCAGCUCACAGCUCUAGCAGCACAACAGGCUGCUGAACGGAGAGAAAGUCCUCCCAAGACUCUUCAUCAAAAGGAUGUAGUUAAACUGAAAACGUCCCCUGCCGUCUGCAGUACCAAACCAAAGUCAAGGGAGGAAGAAGAGGAGAUCUCCACCAGCCCGCCUGUGACUGAAUUUGUGAGCGAUGCUUUUGACUCAUGCAAGAUAAAUGAGGACGACCUACGCAAAGAAAUGGAACAGCUGGUUCUGCAACCGAGCACACAUCAGGAGACUCCUGACUGGGAGAGAGAGCUGCAGGAGGAACUUCAGGAGUACGACAUGUUGGCCGACAAUGAGAACCGUGAUGACAACUGGGACAGGGAGAUUGAGGAGAUGCUAAUGGAGGACAGUUAAAACACUUACACAAUCUGCUCCAAAGACCCCUUUCAAGGUCAGAAACAGCCCUUGACUACAGAUUUAAUGCUCCCAGCGGAAUAAUUCAUUACAAUAUUGGUCCUCUAUCAACUCUCAGGACAGAGAAAUACCACUGAACAUCAUUAACAUUUCAGUGUACUAUAUCUGCAGCCUUAAAAGUUGUAUUAGUAAAUAUUUAAUAUUGUCUCCUGCAGUUAAAAGAAGAGAAUAUAUUGUCCUACAUCUCAAGUUCAUAAUGUGAUACGAAGGUACGCCUUCACAGAGCAUAAAAAACAUUGCCUUAAACUCUGCCUCGGAGAAUUGAAGUGAGACUGUAACUAUUGCUUUGCUUUAACGCUGAAUUGUUGACACAAGUGGCUAUUACAGGAUAAUGGUAAAUGCACAAGUAAAGAGGAGGAGUCACAAACUCAG